GGCUUUGCCCCGGCAUCCGAGAUGAAGUUGUUGCAGUUAGUGCGUUAUCGGAUAGGGCCAUAUUCUGAGAUCUCGGGUACCGAAACACCCUGGGCUUGGAAGAACAACACAGGAUAUAAUGAUGACAAAAACCAAUCAGACAUUGAAACAAUUUUGAAUACUCAUUUCCAGCGGGAACUCCGAUUUUAA